GUUGAUAACAAUUGUUGAUAAUAAUUGUUGUAAUGUAAUAGUUGUAUGCGAUUAAAAUAUAAUUAUUAUCAAAAUGGAAACAGAAGAUAAUUUACAACGCUAUGGCACACCGCUAGAACCAUUGGAGGAAGAUGAAGUACCUUCUAAAAAGCCAAUAACUGUAGAAGAACAAAUUGUUACAGAUGAGAAUGGUAAAAGACGAUUUCAUGGUGCAUUCACAGGCGGCUUUAGUGCUGGAUUUUGGAACACAGUGGGUUCUUUGGAGGGCUGGACACCGCAAAGCUUCAAAAGUUCUCGUACUGAAAAAGCAACAGAAAUGCAAAAGCAACGUCCUGAAGAUUUUAUGGAUGAUGAAGAUUUAGGUGAAUUUGGGAUAGCACCACAGCGUGUGCAGGCUCGUGAAGAUUUUGUGCAAGAUGACAAAGGCAAUAGAAAACGAAAAUUUUUGCAACCUAGUGCUGGAUCAAUACCUGGUGUGCCAGUUUUGCAACAAUUACUUAAACCUGUAAAAGAUAAAGUGGCUGUGCGUAUCUUAAAAAGCAUGGGCUGGCGACCAGGACAAGGUAUUGGCCCAAGACAAACACGAAAGCAAAAGAAAGAGAGUAAAAAGCGUAAUGAACGUGAAUUGUAUUUAAUGCAACGAUAUGGUUGCGAUAUUAAUGAACAAGGCAGUGACUCAGUUUUAGAAAAACCAAAAGGAAGUGAUGAAUCAGAAGUGGACGAGGAUGAGGAUGACGAUGAUGAAAUAACUUUUGCACCUGAUGAUUAUGAACCUUACUUUUGCACCAUUAAAACUAACCGUUAUGGUUUAGGCUAUACCGGCUUGAACCGCACACCUGUGCUAUCCAAAAGUACUAUAAGCAUUGGUAGCGGUCAACAUUUUAAUCUUUUUGGUCCAUUAGAAGUAGUGGAUAAAAAUAAUAAAAAAUUAUCUAUUACUGGUCAAGCUUUUGGUGUGGGCGCAUUGGAAGAAGAAGACGAAGAUGUAUAUGCACGUGAUGACAUGUCUAAAUAUGAUUUCUCUUUAGAAAAUAAGAAACACGUGAAAAAAGUUGAGAAAAUUGUACAAAACAAAAAAGUUAUCGAUGGGUUUGAUGAAGCAACAAAGGGUAUGCAAAAAGGUACUACAUUCAUUCUUGACUUACCUAUUGAUUUUAGACCACGUAAUUGGUUGGAGCGUAGAACUCGCUUUGCGCCCCUAGAUCCAGUUAGGGCACAACAAAUAAAUAUUGAGAAAAAUAUGAAGAAGUCCGGAUUAGGUAGACAUGACAUGAAUCCCGAACAGCGAACACAACUUUUAAAUGAAGAACCUGCAUAUUCCAAACAAAAUAAAGCUGAGCAUCCAAUAACUUCUGAAAAGGAAACAACAUCGUCUUUAAAAAAUGUUCAAGACAAUCAUAAAAAAAGGAAUGAUAAGACAUUAAAACUAUUGGAGCAAAUAAGUGCUAAAAGCAGUAGCUUCACAAGUGGCGGUGUUAUAACUUCCGAAGGAGAGGAAAAAAAUGAUGUACCAAACAUUCAAAUCCAGCCUGAAGUACAAAAAGAAAAUGAAAAUAUGAUAGCAAAGGUAGCGAAAAAGAGUGAAAGUUUAGGAAUUACGCAAAUAAGUGGAGAAUUCAAACCAUUUAUUAGUGAUCAAAGUAAGCAAAAUCGUUAUGAAGAAUUUUUAGCGGCAAAUUUAAGAGAUGAGGACGAAAUAACGGAGUUUCUUAGAAAAAUUCAGCCCCUGCAACUUUCAGAGUUCGAUCGUGAAAUGGAGAAAAAAGAAUUUAUACAAGCACGUAAAAUUUAUAAACCAAAUGUAGGACUAAUGUUCGACAAAUUUAUAUCUGAAGCUGCUUUAGAUGCCGAAAAACAGGCAAAUAAAAUAACUAAGGGUGAUGUAAAAAAAAUAAUUAUAGAACGUACAAAAACCAUGUGGAAACCUAAUGCACUCUUGUGUAAACGCUUUAAUGUGCCUGAACCUUUUGGUGGCAAAAUGGUAGAGGAAAAACAACCGCAAAAACCAAAAAUUUCAAUUUUUGAUUACCUUGAAGGUUCAAUUAAUACAAAAGCAAAUUUCGAAACGCCUGUUAUAAUUCCAAAAGGAAUUGAUAAACCAAAACCAAUGAAAGAACAAAAUGAGCCCUCUUACUACGCAGAAACUGAUAUUAGUUUAUAUACUCAAACUCCAAAAAUCGAUGUGAUUGAUCAAGUUGAAAUCCCAAUAACGGAAAAUAAAUCUAUAAGUCAACAAGUAGGGUUAGCAACUAAUCGCACCGUUAAUCCGCCAAAAACAGAAUUGGAAAGAAAAGUGAUAGAAACUAAAAACAAACCAGCAUCGGAGAAAGUAGAACUAUUUAAAGCUAUUUUUGAGGAUAGUGAUGAUGAAAAUGAAGAUGAUGAUGAUAGUAAAGAAUGUGAAGAAUCUACAAAAAUUGCUGACGAACCCCAAACAAUUUUCACUAAACCAAAUUCUUCCGCUGCUCUUAAUUUACUAAGGAAUAACUCUCCACCAAGAGGCAUUUUUGCAAUGUUUUUUAAUAAACUAAGUGAAGAAAAUGAAAAGGAUAUAAAACCUGAUGUAACAAAUACAACAAAUACAACAAAUACAACGACUUCAACGAUUUCUGAGGUUUCAGCGAUUGGCAAGGUAAACACUGAUAAAAUAACUUUCAAGUCAAAGAGUGAACGUAUGGAAAGUAGUUCUUCGCAGAACGUAGAAGAAUCUGACUUCUACGGGCCAAAAAUUCCAGAUAGAUUAAAGAAACUAAGUGAUAGUGAUGACACACAUAAUACUAGUAUUGACGAAAAAAUUCUACAACAUAUAAUGAACAGAAAAAUGAGUAAAUACGAAAAGAAUAUUGUGGAGGAAUGGGUGGAGAAGUCAAACUGCUCAGAUACUGAUACUAAUAGUAGUAGCAGUACUAUAAGCAGUGACAUUAGCAGGCAUAAGAAAAAGUCUAAAAAGACAAAAAAAAGUAAAAGUAAAGAACAUAAAAAGCAAAAGAAAAGAGAUAAAAAGAAAUUAAAAAAGUCAAGAGAAAAAUCACAUAAAAGU